GUUUUAAAGUUAUCCGAAUGGCGCCUUUUGCCUAAUAGAAAAGUCCUCUCUCUCUCUUCUUCACAGAGAUCUAACCUCUCCUUUUCCCAAUGUUCGGCACUCCGUCAUCGUCGCCGUCGUUCGGCACUCCGUCGUCCACACCCGCCUUUGGUACGUCUUCUCCGGCGUUCGGUACACCGUCAGCCACGCCUGCGUUCGGAACGCCGUCGGUUCCUUCCUUCUCCUCCGGCGGAUUUGGCUCCUCACUCUUCUCGACUCCCUUCUCAUCUCAACAGCCACAGCAACAACAGCAACAACAGCAGCAGCCGAGUUCACUGUUUCAGCAACAGCCAUCUUCUAGUUUUGGUUUUCAGUCACCAUUCAACAACACCGCUCAGCAGCAAACGCCUUUCCCAAAUGCUCAAUUGACUACUCAGAUGGCUCCCGUUGCUCCAAUUCCUUACUCUCUCGCCGAUCGUGACGUCCAGGCCAUCAUUGAAGCUUAUAAGGAAGAUCCAACGAAUCCCAAGUAUGCUUUUCAGCAUCUUUUGUUUAGUGUGACUGAACCACAGUACCGGGUGAAGCCUGCAGCUGUAUCAGAUAUAAUGUGGGCAGAGGCUAUGAGCAAACUUGAAGGCAUGGAUUCAACAGAAAGAGAGCGCCUGUGGCCUCAGCUUGUGCAAGGUUUCAAAGAUCUUUCUCAGCGCCUUAAGCUUCAAGAUGAAGUUCUCGUCUCAGAUAGGGAUAGAAUUAAAACGACUCAGAGCAAUGUUAAAAUGCUUCAGAGACAUUUGCAAGCAUCAACCUUUCCAUCUAUUGAAAGGUUGAGACAGAAGGAGCAGAGUCUUCAAAGACGCAUGUUGAGGGUGAUGAGGAUAAUAGAGGGCUUAGAAGGGAAGGGUUUCCGGUUACCCUUGACGAAAGGAGAGGCCGAACUGUCUGGGAAGUUAACUGCAAUAACAAGACAGGUGAAAGGUCCUGGAGCAGAGCUUUCUAGGAGGGUGCAAAGUCUGCAGACAAUAUCUCGUGCUCAAGCAAAUUCAAUUGCUGCUGGUAGUUCCCUUUAUCUCCCUGGGUCAACUAAAAUAGACGAGCAGAGCUUGAUAGAUAUGCAGGAGGUAUUGCAACAGGAGACAGAAGCCAUAGGAAGGCUUGGGAACGUAUUGAAGCGAGACAUGAGAGAUAUGGAAAUCAUGGUGGCUGAAGAUACAGAAAUGGCUCAAGACUCAUAGAAGCGGAUCUGCAAUUACUCUAGUUUCGAAGUUCUCCUAUCCUUUACUACCUCCUGGAUGCGCACAUUGUUAUGCU